AUGGCGAGACUACAAGGAGCAGCGCUGAUCCUGGCGCUCAUGCCAGGCCUCGUCCUGGCAUACUAUAUGCCGGGGACGUACCCCCAGGAGUUUUGGGCAGGGGACACGCUGAACGUGCCGACGCCCCCCCACCUGCCGCCGCUCCCGCAGCCCUUCUGCAAGCCCCCGGAGGGCGUCAAGCGCGUGGCCAACACCGCCAACUUGGGCACCAUCCUGCAGGGCCUGCGCAUCGAGAACUCGCCCUACAACUUCACAGUCAAUGUCCGGGAGGAGGGCAAGAACGCGUGCGGCGCCGGCGGCGCCGCGCCGCCGCUGACGAAGCAGGACGUGGGGCUGCUGAAGAAGAUGAUCAACGGGGAGUACACGGUCAACAUGAUCCUGGACAACCUGCCGGUCACCAUGCAGGACCUCACGUCGGACAACGAGGAGGUCCGGCCCGGCUUUGACAUUGGCUACCAGGAUGGCGACAAGUACUUUGUUUUCAACCACCUCCGCUUCAACGUGCUCGUGCACGCCACCCACGGCGAGUACCUGCGGGCCCGCCAGGGCGUGGACGGCGCCUCCCUGGGCAGCAUUGACGCCCGCAAGCUGCUGGCCGCGGCGGGCGUCGGGCGGGGCGCGGCGGAGGCGGCGGCGGAGGCGGCGGCGGAGGCGAUCGGGCGGCAGCUCAUGGCGGCCGGCGGCCUCGCCAAGGAGCAGCGCAUGCCCGCCCCCGGGGAGCAGUUGUACAUGGUCGUCGGCUUCGAGGUGAUGCCCUGCAGCAUCAAGCGCAAGAAGGGCAAGCCCAUCGACAACCUGGACUGCGGCAUCGACGCGGACCGGCCCCCGGAGCCGCAGGAGAUCAAGGAAGGCGAGGAGGUGGUGUACACGUACGACGUGUACUGGCAGCCCAGCGACACGCGCUGGGCCAGCCGGUGGGACGCCUACCUGCGGAUGCCGGGGGGCAAGGUGCACUGGUUCAGCAUCCUCAACAGCCUGCUGAUCGUGCUGGUGAUGGCGUCACUCGUCGCCACCAUCCUCAUCCGCACGGUGCGGCGGGACCUGGCUAAGUACGAGCAGCUGAUGGUCGACGGCCCCACGGACAUGAGAGAGGAAGCCGGCUGGAAGCUGCUCACGGGGGACGUGUUCAGGGCGCCGGAGCACCCCCAGGCGCUCUGCGUCUAUGUUGGGUCGGGGACUCAGGUGAUGUGCGUCACUUUCGUCACCCUCGUCCUGGCCACACUGGGCUUUUUGUCGCCCGCCAGCCGCGGCGCGCUGCUGACCACCACCUUCAUCACGUACGUGCUGAUGUCGGUUGUGGCAGGCGCAGUGGCGGUCUUCCUCUGGGGCCAGUGA